GCUGCUAGGCGGCAGCAUAUUUGUCUUCUGGCAGUUGUGCUGAGAAGCCAGGCAGAGGGGAGUUUAGCCUGAAAGUGAGCUCUCUAGGGAGAUAGAGAGAGAAGAGGGCCAAAGAAGAAGAAGAAAUCAAAGCUAGGAGAGGUCCAAGAUUCCCACUAGGACCCUUUCUUGGUUCUCUUCUUUUUCUUUGGCUGAUUGGAAGGUCUAGAGUCAAUCACUUGGUUUCUUUUGUUUCUUUUCUUUGGCUCCAUUGGUUCUUCUUGCCUUCCAAUCGUUCUAAGGGGUGGAUAGAAUUUUUGGAGUAUCACCUAUCAGGCACUCUGUUCAUGGCCCAAUGAUUUUGAUUGGUGGGCAGAUUUUCACAGACCCCCCAUUCCAGUUUUUUUUUCCCAAGGGGAUGCGCGAAUCUUGCUGCUAAUGUUCUUGUGAAUCAAAGCCAGGAGAUUUCUGGAAAGUGAGGAAUUCUUUUCUUAGAUUGCAAUAUCAAUCACAGCGCUUUCUCCACAAGUUGCAAUCUCUGAGCGCUUUUGAUCUCUCCACACCAACCAAAAGCAACAGAAAUUUACCUUGGAUUCCGCGGUUUUGAAGAAUCUGUUCUGAUUUGGAGAUGGAGAGGCAGACGAGCUUCCGAUUGGGCGCGCUGGAGAAGCUCAAGAGCUUCAGGGGGAUGGAGAAGCAGAAGAGCUUCAAGAUGAUGUCCACGGACAACUUCCGGAGGCACAGGGACAGCCCCGGGAAGCGCGGCGACACGCCGCUCCACCUCGCCGCGAGGUCCGGGAACGCCGCCGGCGCGCAGCGGAUCAUCGCCGAGUUCGACCCGGAGGUGGCGGCGGAGCGCGCCGCGCAGGCCAACCACGACGGCGAGACGCCGCUGUACGUCGCCGCCGAGAGGGGGCACACCGACGUGGUGCGCGAGAUCCUCAAGGUCUCCGACGUGCAGACGGCCGGCGUCAAGGCGAACAACAGCUUCGACGCGUUCCAUAUUGCGGCGAAGCAAGGCCAUCUAGAAGUUCUGAAGGAGCUGUUGCAGGCUUUUCCUGCUCUUGCAAUGACUACAAAUUCUGUAAAUGCUACAGCUUUGGAUACUGCUGCAAUUCUGGGUCACACUGAAAUUGUUAACCUCCUACUGGAAUCUGAUGCAAACCUUGCGAGAAUUGCAAGAAAUAAUGGGAAGACAGUUCUGCAUUCAGCUGCAAGACUGGGCCAUGUGGAAAUUGUAAGAUCAUUAUUAAGUAGGGAUCCAGGAAUUGGUUUAAGAACUGACAAGAAGGGGCAAACAGCACUACAUAUGGCUUCAAAAGGACAAAAUGCUGAAAUUGUUAUCGAGCUGUUGAAGCCUGAUAUCUCAGUAAUUCAUCUGGAAGACAACAAGGGAAACAGACCAUUGCAUGUUGCAACACGGAAGGCCAAUAUCGUUAUAGUGCAGACUCUACUAUCAGUUGAGGGAAUUGAAGUAAAUGCAGUUAACAGAUCAGGGCACACCGCUCUUGCCAUUGCUGAGCAACUCAACAAUGAAGAACUUGUUAACAUCUUGAGAGAGGCUGGUGGAGUAACUGCAAAAGAGCAAGUACAUCCACCCAAUCCGGCAAAGCAACUUAAGCAAACAGUUAGUGAUAUCAGACAUGAUGUCCAGUCCCAGAUCAAGCAAACUAAACAGACCAAGAUGCAAGUCCAGAAAAUCAAGAAGAGACUCGAAAAACUCCACAUUGGUGGUCUAAACAAUGCCAUCAACUCCAAUACUGUGGUUGCAGUGCUUAUUGCCACCGUCGCCUUUGCUGCCAUUUUCACCGUUCCUGGCAAUUUUGUGGAAGAUAUCACUCAGGCACCUCCAGGCAUGUCCUUGGGGCAGGCAUAUGUAGCAAGCAACCCGGCCUUCCUAGUAUUUUUGGUCUUUGAUGCCUUGGCUCUCUUCAUCUCACUUGCUGUCGUCGUCGUCCAGACCUCGCUAAUUGUUGUUGAGCAGAAAGCCAAGAGAAGGAUGGUCUUUGUGAUGAACAAGCUGAUGUGGCUGGCAUGCCUCUUUAUCUCGGUGGCCUUCAUAGCACUAACCUAUGUUGUUGUCGGGCGCGACGACUGGUGGCUAGCUUGGUGCACAAUGGCAAUCGGUGCAGUGAUCAUGCUUACAACUCUUGGUUCCAUGUGCUACUGUAUCAUUGCUCAUAGGAUGGAUGAGAGGAAGAUCAGGAAGGCGUCUACAAGCCAAUCUCGCUCAUGGUCUCAAACAGUUGACUCAGAUCCAGAUCUACUCAACAGUGAAUAUAAGAAAAUGUAUGCACUAUAGGAUAAUAGUUACAUGAUGAUGGAAUCCAUGUACACGAGAGUGCUGUUUUUUUUUACCCGAGGCAACAAGAAGAAUGGAAUUGACAUGGAAGUCUUUGUUCAGAGCAAGGUGCCAGCUAUAUUAACUGAAGGCACCUUACUGCAAUGCAAAGCAAGUUAACUGAACUGCCAAAACAAAGGAAGUUAACUGAAGAAACCUCACACUGGCUGCUGAAUUUGUUCCUGGUGUUUACCUGGAGCUGUGGUCUCGUGUCAGCGAAUGAACACCUGCUAAAAUUGUUUUGUUGUUGCUAAAAAAAGGUCAAUAGUGAGGGCAACAAUACGAUUUGUAGACUGUACUAGGAAAAGAAAAAUACUAUGCUCUGUCACAUACCUUGGACAUGUCUGCUGCAUGUUGUUGCUCGAUGAGCUAGAAAAUACUUCGUAUUUCCUUUCUUUUA